UUGAAUUUCACCGAGCGGAACCCAUUGAUUGCCCUGACGCCCUUCCCGCCACUCUCUCCCUCGCCUUUUCAGAGUUCACUAGUUCUGAAUUCUGAUGUGCUCAUUUCCUUUCUUUGGCCAUAAAAAAUUGUCGCUCUACCAAACUGAACAACUAGGGUUUCAACUCUAGCCCCCGAUUUAGCAAAGCCCAGCGCCACAAUCUCUGACUUCCCUAUGCCAUCUGCACAACCAGGAUGGCGAAUACCAGUCAAGAUUUCUCCCAAUUGAACAUUUCUGAAGAGGAAAAGGACAAGCUUGUAGCGGAAGUGAUCCGCUAUGUGCUUUUUAAGACGCACCAGAAUUCUGGGUGCCCGAUAAAGAGGGAUGAGCUUACUCAGAUAGUGACUAAAAACUACCACCAGCGUUUGCUUCCUGCUCUGGUGAUUAAUGAGGCCAUAGCCAAACUCUCGAGCAUUUUUGGGUUUGAGAUGAGAGAGCUUCAAAGAUCUCGUCCUUCCUCUACGAAUCAGCAAAGUACUACUGAUACUAAAUCCUAUGUUCUCAUUAGUCAACUACCUGCUGAUGUAUACAGUAAACACGUUGAUGAUGUAAAUACAGCUCAUCUGACUGGUUUUACAUUUGUGGUAAUUAGUAUUGUGCACCUCGCUGGAGGCAAAAUCCCAGAGGAACAACUUUGGCAUCACUUGAGGCGAAUGGGAUUACAUGAAACUGAUGAAAGCAAUCCUGUCCUUGGAAACAUCAAGCAGGCAUUGGAGAUGCUUGUCCAGCAAAGAUAUUUGCAGAAAGACAAAGUUAAUGGCCCUGAAGGUAAUACCUUGGUUUAUGAGCUUGCUGAGAGAGCUUUAGAUGGCCCAGUUAAUGACAGAAUUAAAGAGUACAUAUCUCAGAUCGUGAAAAAUGAAGUUGCCAGUGUGGAAAUUGACUGAGAUGAUGUCCUAGAGCCAACUCAAGUUGAAUCUUAUCAAAUGACUUUGCCUGCUUGGUGGGACGGUCACGGCAGCUUCUUAUGUCUUUUGCAGUAGAGUAGAUGAUAUGAAGUUUGCUCGUCAAUAUGAAAGGAAGACAGAAGAAAGUAGUUUACUUUGCACAUUCUGUUUUGUCUGUUUAUUGGAGGUUGCACAUGGUGGAUGUUGCAUCACUUGUGAUGCAUCGUUUGCCUAAGUAAAAAGAUUAUCUAACCACUGUGCUUUGCAGGUAGUCUAGAAUUUGUAUAAUUUUGUUUACAAUAGUCAUUUAAAACAAUCUGAAUUUCGAUUUAAACCCCAAAGUUAACUUGUAAUUAUUUAAAUCAUGAAGAGGGUGCGAAAAAAUGCAAUCCUAAUUAUGCAUCAA